AUGGAUGUAUUUGGCAUACUUCUUCUCUUCAUUGGGAGUGCAGCCAGCAUUGCAACGAUCUGUCCUGUUGGUUGGCACCGAUAUGGAAAGGCUUGCUAUUUUGUGAUCAAAGAACUAAAGAAUUGGCACAAAGCAAAAACCAUCUGUGCUGCUUCUCAUACAAGCCUUGCACUUCCCAACUCAUUUGAAGAACAGACAUUUAUAUGGGAAUUACUCCAGCGGGAGUUUUAUCCCAGCGACUUUCAGAAAGGAGCCUGGAUCGACUGCGAUGACAUUGACCAGGAUGGUGUUUGGCAGAAUUGCCCUCUGAGAGGUGAUGAGACCAACGCGUACCAGAACUGGAGGGAAGGAAAUCCUGGCAAUCAGUACAGUGGAGCUGAUUGUGCAUUGAUGGUCAAUUCAGCGGGUGGCAAAUGGAGCAAUCAGUACUGUACCAAUCCCAGAUAUGCAACGUGUGAGCUUGCUAUCACCAACUACAACCCUCUAUUCUGCCUUCAGAUCGGCUCCGAUGGUCGCAUCACCUCCCUGUGCCUCACUGAUAACCACGUCUUGAUGGAGUUACAGGCUCAGGGUCUGGUGUCUUGUGGUAAGGCCUGCCUCUCUCAUCCCAAAUGUAGCUCCUUCAAUCUGAAAGACCAAGGCCAGGGCAAGAUGGUGUGCCAGCUGAAUGACCUCACCUUUCAAAAGGCAGCUGCAGAAGAUGUGGUGGAAAUUGAGAACUGCUACGGCCUGGAUCUGUAGAAAC